AUGGCACUCAUGUCUUUCCCAAGUGUUUUGGUGACUUUGGUCAUGUUCAGCAUACUAUCUGCGUUCCGUUUGUACUUGAGAACAAGAGACGUACGACCCCUGCCCCCGGGACCGAAAGGCCUUCCAUUCAUCGGGAAUAUAAGCGAUAUGCCUAAGCCCGGUAUGCUUGAGUGUCAUCAUUGGUCGCAGCUCAAGAAGACAUAUGGCCCUAUUAGUUCCAUUACCGUGCUAGGACAAACGUUCAUCAUCAUCAACGACGCGGAAAUUGCUGUCGAGCUGCUGCGCGACCGUUCAGCAAUCUACUCCUCAAGACCAAUGCAGACAUUCAGUUGUGAGAUGGUUGGUUGGCGACAUGCGACCGCUAUGGCUCCGAACGACGCGGAAUGGAAACUUCAGCGUAAGAAUAUUACGAAGAUAGUGAGCACAAAUACGUCGGUAUCAGUAGUUGAUCGCGUUCAAGAGAUGGAAGCCGCGCGUUUCUUGCUCAACCUUCUUGACUCACCCGACAAGCUUUUCGACCAUAUAAAAAAAGAGGCUGGCAGUGUAAUCCUGAAGAUCACGUACGGCUAUACUACCAUACCGAAAGGCAACGACCCCUUCGUCGAUCUAGCUGGCAAGACGAUGGAGCAGUUCGCCGAUGCUACAGUUCCCGGAAGAUGGUCUGUGGAUAUGUUCCCGUUCCUGCGAUACCUACCAGAGUGGCUACCAGGAAUGGAGUUCAAGCGCACGGCCAGAGAGAUGGCGACGCAGCUCCGACAGUGUACUAACCAGCCUUACGAAUUCGUCAAAAAGCAAAUGAGCGAGAAGAGACACUCGCCAUCAUUCUUAUCGCAAGCAAUCGAAGGCACACCCUUGGAUGCCGAGAUGGAGUUCAUCCAUAAAUGGACGGCACUGACGCUGUACACAGGUGGUGCUGACACCACCGUUUCCGCAAUAAUGACGUUUUUCCUUGCCAUGAGCAUCUUCCCAGAAGUUCAGAAGAAGGCUCAAGAAGAGUUAGAUCGCGUCAUUGGCGGAGACCGACUUCCAGGCAGCAAAGAUCGGGAGAGCCUUCCUUACAUCUACGCCUUGAUGAAAGAGACGCAUCGCUGGCACCUUGUCUUACCUAUGUGUCUUCCGCAUUGUAGCACGGAAGAGGACACUUGCCGCGGAUAUCGUAUUCCGAAGGGUUCCAUCCUUCUGGCUAACAACUGGCUUUUCACCCACGAUCCUGAGGUCUACCCCGACCCAAUGGUCUUCAGACCGGAACGCUUUCUCAGAACACCAACCCACAAAAGUGAGCCUGAUCCAAGAAACUUCAUUUUCGGUUACGGCCGACGUAUAUGCCCGGGUCGAUAUGUUGCAGAUAACGCCCUCUUCAUCACUAUCGCGCAGACUCUCGCUGUUUUCAGUGUCACAAAGUCUGUUGACGAGAACGGUCGAAUCUUGGAGCCAGAGAUCAAGUUCGAGCCGGGUGCGAUCAGUCAUCCGGUGCCGUUCUGCUGUUCAAUCAAGCCGCGAUCGGAUGCACACGAGCAGUUGAUCAAGGCUUCGGAGCAACUAUAUCCAUGGGAAGAGAGCAAUUCCAAAGAGCUCGAGAGCAUUAAGUGGUAG